AUGUCUCCUACCGCUACUUCAUCCUCUUCGGCUGGUCCGGAGAUUACCCACCCUUACUCUAUCAUUCCUCCGAGUUCGUGCUUCACACCGCUCUCCCUGGAGGAGAGCCUAUUCCUACCCCGUGUGACCCCCGCCGAACUCAUGGAGAUGGCCUCAUACCCGGGCCUCGCACAUAUUACUCGUAGCGAGCUAACACGCUCGUACGAGGGCAUCCCGGAGGCAGAGACAGACGAGGCAGACUACGAAGCAGACCGCGAAGACGAGUGCACGCGCACGAUCGAACCAGUGCGCCGCGUCGCCAACAGCAAGCGGGCGCGCAUCGUCCGCCCGCUACUGCCCAACCCCAUUGCGAACCAGCCGGAGAAAGCGAGAGCUUACGUUGGACUCGGGCUGGGUCUUCCCAGCAGCGUCACCCCCCGUAUCACCCGCAGGACGGCGUGCAUCGGGCUGGGAAUAAUCUUGUCUUCGCCAUUGGCCGACAACCUUCCGCCUGCGAUCACACCCCCCAGCAUGCAUUGCGAUUCUCUUCGACGGCCUUUUGCCGGUAUCGGCCUAGGGCUUGGGAUCAUUAUUCCCCAAUGA